AUGCCUGAAGCCAGCUCCCUGAGAUGCGGGGAAGGAGUGGAGCUGAGGGAGCUGCACACGGCACCUCCCCAGCUGAUCAGGUCGUUGCCUGAGGGGGUCCCGGCGGCGGCAGCUCUGGAUCCACGUGGAGACAGUUUUCCCUUCACGCUCAGGAACCAAGGGGAAGAACUUCAGCUCUCAGAAUGGUUUCGUCCCAGAAGACGCCCUGAUGUCAUAACGACCACGGACUGGCUGGCUCCAGUUAUAUGGGAAGGCACCUUCAAUAGACGGGUCCUAGGAAAGCACUACAGAAAUCGGAACCUCACAAUGGGCUUGGCUGUCUUUGCCAUCAGCAGGAUUGCAGAUCAGUACCUGGAGCGGUUCUUAGAGUCAGCGAAGAAGCACUUCAUGACUGGCUAUCGGGUUGUCUUCUAUAUCACCGUGGAUGACUUAGACAAGAUGCCCGACGUGGACCCGGGGCCUCUUCAGACGUUCCAAGUGUUCACUUUGCAAGAAGAGAUCUGGUGGCAGGACUUCGACCUUCUGCGCAUGAGGAACCUGGGCGAGCACAUCGUCCAGCACAUCCAGGGCGAGGUCGACUUCCUCUUCAGUAUGGCCACCAACCAGAUCUUCCAGAGUGACGUCGGCGUGGAGACCCUGGGCGCGUCCGUCGCUCAGCUCCACGCCUGGUGGUACUUUAAAAGCACCAAGGAUUUCCCUUAUGAGAGGAGGCGCCGGUCAGCGGCUUACAUCCCGUAUGGGAAGGGGGAUUUCUAUUACGAUAGCGCCUUCGUUGGGGGCACACCCCAGCAGGUUUUAAACCUCAUCGAAGAGUAUCUGAAAGGGGUGCUUCAGGACAAGCAAAAUGGGCUGAACAGCAGCUACGAAAACCAUCUGAACAAAUAUUUCUUCCUGAAUAAGCCCACCAAGCUGUUGUCGCCGGAAUACAACUGGGACGUGACAUUCUACCCGCCCCCGCAGGUUCAGUUCGUCAAGGUGGCCCAGCACCCCAAGAGGAGACCGUGGCCCUAA